CGUUUUCACGACGGCGCGCGUGGCGGGGGUGGUGUUGCUUCGCGGCAGGAGGCCUGUGAGGGCAGCGGCUGAGGGGGAGCCGCCGGCAUGAAGCAGAAGAGGAAAGGAGACCUCAGCCAUGCAGAGCUGAUGAUGAUGACGAUAGCUGACAUCAUAAAGCAAUUAAUUGAGGCUCACGAGCAGGGAAAAGAUGUGAAUCUGAACAAGCUGAAAACCAAGACGUCGGCCAAGUACGGGCUUUCCGCGCAGCCCCGCUUGGUCGACAUCAUCGCUGCCGUCCCGCCGCAGUACCGCAAGGUGCUGGUACCAAAGCUGAAGGCCAAGCCUAUAAGGACCGCUAGCGGGAUCGCUGUCGUGGCUGUGAUGUGUAAACCACACAGGUGUCCACACAUUAACUUUACAGGCAACAUAUGUGUAUACUGCCCAGGUGGACCUGAUUCUGAUUUUGAAUAUUCCACACAGUCUUACACUGGAUAUGAGCCAACAUCCAUGAGGGCCAUUCGGGCUAGAUAUGACCCUUAUCUCCAGACAAGACACAGGGUGGAACAGCUGAAGCAGCUGGGCCACAGUGUGGAUAAAGUAGAGUUUAUUGUGAUGGGUGGAACAUUCAUGGCCCUGCCUGAAGACUACAGAGAUUACUUCAUCAGAAACCUUCAUGAUGCUUUAUCGGGUCACACUUCCAAUAACGUAGCAGAGGCUGUCAGGUAUUCAGAACGAAGCCUGACAAAAUGCAUUGGGAUAACGAUAGAGACCAGACCAGAUUACUGCCUGAAGCGGCAUUUAAGUGACAUGUUAUCCUACGGCUGCACGAGGCUGGAGAUCGGAGUGCAGAGCGUGUACGAGGACGUGGCCAGGGACACCAACAGAGGUCACACCGUGAAGGCUGUGUGUGAGUCUUUUCACUUAGCCAAGGAUGCCGGGUUUAAAGUGGUGGCACACAUGAUGCCUGAUCUCCCAAACAUGGGACUUGAAAGGGACAUGGACCAGUUUGUUGAGUUUUUUGAGAAUCCUGCUUUUCGCCCAGACGGCAUGAAGCUGUAUCCAACACUAGUCAUCCGUGGCACUGGUCUGUACGAGCUCUGGAAGACUGGAAGAUACAAGAGCUACCCCCCCAGCACUCUUGUGGAUCUGGUGGCCAGAAUUCUGGCCCUUGUCCCACCGUGGACACGUGUGUACCGUGUUCAGAGAGAUAUCCCAAUGCCACUGGUUAGCUCUGGAGUGGAGCACGGGAACCUGAGAGAGCUUGCCUUGGCCAGGAUGAAAGAUCUUGGGACACAGUGUCGUGAUGUAAGGACAAGAGAGGUUGGAAUUCAAGAAAUUCACCAUAAAGUGAGACCAUAUCAGAUUGAAUUAGUUAGAAGAGAUUAUGUGGCUAAUGGUGGCUGGGAGACCUUCCUGUCCUAUGAAGAUCCAGAGCAGGAUAUUCUUGUUGGCCUUCUACGACUGCGGAAGUGUUCAGAGGAGACAUUCAGACCUGAGCUGAAAGGAGGUGUUUCCAUUGUCCGGGAAUUGCACGUGUAUGGGAGCGUGGUCCCCGUGAGCAGUCGGGAUCCUUCAAAAUUUCAGCACCAGGGAUUUGGCAUGUUACUAAUGGAGGAGGCAGAAAGAAUAGCCAAGGAGGAGCAUGGGUCAUGGAAAAUUGCUGUAAUUUCAGGUGUUGGCACGAGGAACUACUACAGGAAGAUCGGCUACGAGCUGGAAGGGCCUUACAUGGUAAAAAAGCUGGACUGAAGCCCCAGGAGCUCCUCACCCGACCAGCUGCUGGGAGGAGACUCACCCUGGAAAGAAAGCUCAAGGUGACAGGUGUAAGCUAAAAAACAAAGCCGGCCAACUGCGAAGGACUUGCUUGUGCCAGAGCCCCCGGCAGCGAGUGGGGCAUCUCCUCUCCGGCUCCUCUGAGACCUGCCCAGGCCCCGGGGGGGUUUGGGGACGUUGUAAGCUCUGCCCGACCCCCAGGGCGGACUCCGCGGCGUUGCAGGAGAGGACUGAAGCGUAGGUGAACGAAAAGCUUUGCAUUCGGGGACUCUGUUGAAGAGCCUAGUGAGGAAAAACAUCUGUUAUUUGGGUGAUGCUGUCAGCGGGCUUUUAAUGUUUCUGCAUUGAAAUUGUGAGGGUUAUUCUGCAACAUGAAUUAAUUCUUUCUCUGCGCGUAUUUA